CCCACCGGAAGUGAAACUCUCUUACUGUAGUGACGUUCAAACCGUUCGUCGUGUUUAUCUUCCUCGAUAUGAAAACUAGGAGUAUUUACAUUAAUUACAUUUAGUUAACUAACUAUAACCAUAUGUUAACCAGUCAAUAACAAUUUGUUUCUAUAUUAAAGAAACGUUUUAAAGGAUUGUUGGGAGGUUUAGAAAGUGUUUGGCCGGGCAGCAGGCCUGAGCUGAGACACACAGACAUUAUAUCACACAUCUAUUAAUUUAUUUCUCAGGUGUUUUAUUUUUGUGCUCAAACAUGGCUGUCGUCAACGAAGGAGGUCUUAAAAAGAUGUUGAAGCAAUACAAAUACAGAGAUCUUACUGUCCGUGAGAUCACAAAUGUCAUCUCUCAGUACAAAGACCUCAAACCUGUGAUGGAUGCUUAUGUAUUUAAUGACGGCUCUUCCAGGGACCUCAUGAGUCUUACAGGAACUGUACCAGUUAGUUAUAGAGGGAAUGUGUACAAUAUUCCUGUGUGCCUAUGGCUGCUGGACACGUAUCCCUACAAUCCCCCUAUUUGUUUUGUGAAGCCCACCAGUGCGAUGAUGAUCAAGACUGGCAAACACAUUGACGCCAAUGGCAAGAUCUACCUUCCCUAUUUGCAUGAGUGGAAACACCCUCAGUCAGAUCUGUACGGGCUCAUCCAGGUGAUGAUUGUUGUGUUCGGCGAGGAGCCACCUGUGUUCUCCAGACCCACCACACAACCUCCUUAUCAAGCCUUCCAGGCAGCUGGACCUCCCAACCAGUCCUAUAUGCCAGGAAUGCCAGCAGUAUCUUCCUACGGUCCCGGCCCCAACCCAUGUGGUUAUCCGGGAUAUUCUUAUCCAGGAGGGAACGCUUAUCCUGCCGCAGGCGGUCCGGCACAUUACACUUCCCAGACUCCUACUAAUACUGUGGGCCCGAGUCGUGAUGGUACCAUUGGUGAGGACACCAUCAGAGCUUCACUUAUCUCAGCUGUGAGUGAUAAACUACGCUGGAGAAUGAAAGAGGAGAUGGACAGAGCGCAGGCCGAGCUGGACGCUCUCAAGAGGACUGAGGAAGACCUGAAGAAAGGACACCAGAAGCUGGAGGACAUGGUGUCCCGUCUGGACCAGGAAGUGGCUGAGGUAGACCGAAACAUCGAGCUCCUCAAGAAAAAGGAUGAAGAGCUUAGUGAAGCCCUGGAGAAAAUGGAGAACCAGUCGGAAAACAAUGACAUCGAUGAUGUCAUCAUACCGACGGCUCCGCUCUACAAACAGAUCCUGAAUCUCUACGCGGAGGAGAACGCCAUAGAAGACACCAUAUUUUACCUUGGAGAAGCCUUGCGGAGAGGAGUCAUCGACCUGGAGGUCUUUCUCAAGCACGUGCGCCUGCUGUCUCGAAAACAGUUCCAGCUGCGAGCGCUCAUGCAGAAAGCACGCAAGACCGCUGGACUCAGUGACCUUUACUGACCUUGCUGCCACCAAUACACCAACACUCCAGCUCUGACCACAUGAUCCAGACUCUUGCUUUCUGUGUUAUUUCAGUUGGAGUAUGUUAGUUUUCACUGCUGUUAGAUGCUGAUUUUCUUUUUAUGAUUGUAAAAUCAGCAUUAUAAGAAAUGUAAAUCGAGUAUGGUGCAAAAGCUUAAUGUUACAGAGUAGACCUGAGCAUUAAAAGCAAAGAUGACAUACGGGUGAGUUUCGCAAAGCGCUUUUUGACUCCUAUUUCACCCCUGUUUUGUAACGUAUAAGAGCGCUUACCCAAUUUCCUGAAAGAUCUCGUGAGAUUCAACUAUUAAACACAUUAUGUUUCUACUAUUUGAGAUUCUUAAGUUAAACUGGCAUGCAUUUGAGCUUCGACUUUAGAUACUACUGCUAUUAACAGUAUAGAGUAAUAAGUCUCAUGACAUUUCAAAAUGUGACAUCAUCAACACAGAAUAUAUAAGAAUAUUUCUCAGCUGUUUCAUUCACUUUCAAAGUGUUAAUUUAUGAAAACCUUCAUAAAUGACAAUAACUACUACUUGUGAAUUUUUCAGUUUCGUUAGAUUUACUUUGCUGAAUUUAAUAUUUAUCUAUGCUCCUUACAAUUGGGAACUAUUUUCUGUUCCAGAUUUAUUAUGUUAGACCUCUUUUAGCUGUAUGCAAAAAUUUAUUUGUGACUAAUUACUGCAAAAAUGACAUUUUUGUCUUGUUUUUUAGUACAAAUAUCUAAAAAUUCUUAAAUCAAGAUGUGUUUUAUUGAUGAGUAAAAUUAUCUAAGAAAUAAGUUUAUUUUUUAAACAAAAAAUACACAAUUUAAGUGAAUUUGUUCUUUAAAAAAUCUGUCAAUGGUGAAAUAUUUUUUUUCUUGAAUGAAGAAAAAAGUUUAAGAAUUUUUUCUUAACCCAUUGGCAGAUUUUUUUGCUUGUUUUAAUCACAAAUUCACUUAAAUUGUAUCUUCUUUUUUUUGUAUAAAAACUAUAUUUAGAAAUAUGUACUGAAAAAAAGACAAAAAUAUUAACAAAAAAAUGCAUUUUUUGCAGUGUAUUUUGAAAAUGUAAAGGCUACAAACUGUCGUACUGUACCGUUACACUCCACCUUUAUGUAAAAUAAAAAAUAAUUGUAUGUUUGAGAAGUCCUUGAAACAAUCUUGUUUGUUGCAUUUCAAAUAUUUUUGUGCACAUUAUGGAUGUGAACCAAGAUUUUCAGACCUAAAUUGCUCUUUUAUAAGGGUAGACAUUGCGCCCUUAUCUGAUAAUAUUUGUUCUUAUUUGUUUCAAUAAAAGUAUAUGAUCUUUAA